AUGCAUUUCCUCGUCGUCGUACUCGUGCACCUUGCCAUGGCCGUCACGGCAUCCCCCGGCCACCCCCCGUUGGCCAACUCGACGGGCGUGGUGUGGAUCCCCUCGACGACGGACCAGAGCACCUGCGAUCCGGCGACGUUUGUGCCUCCGGCGCCCGACGAGCGGCCGAGGCUCGAGCCGGCCGACUGGCGCGAGUGUGCCGCCCUUCACUCUCAAUGGGUGGCCGCCAACGGUACCCUUCGCGUCGUGGUGCCCCAUCCGGUUUCCUGUCAUGCCAACGCCUUCGUGCCGCUGGUCCAGGCUCGCGACUGCGUGCUCGCCGUCAAGCCCCUCGACGCGGCCAAGGCACCCUUCACGGUGGGCGAUGCCGAUGUGGCCACCCUGCUCUACACGAGUCUGCUUCAAUUUUCCUCGGGCACCCUCCUGGCUGUCGGCGGCGUCGUCAACUGUGAGGACGCGAGCGGCGAGAGGGCCGCCUUGAGCUGGCGCAUUGCCAAGACGGCGAGGUGA